AUGAAGUCUUCCCUCGCGCUGCUGGCAUGCUUCUUUGGGCUGGCGUUGGCCAGUUCCGAUGCUGCAGUGCCGCCAAACGCUUCAUGCGUCAUUGCCUGUCCACAGAACAAGUGCCCGCCGGGAACCGCGUGUUGCACCACCGAGUGUGGCGGCCCAAAAGAUUUGACGCCGGCCAACUCUUGGACUUGCUUCCGACAUUUACUCACGCUCGCUCCUACGCUCUCUCGUCGUCGUCAUAAGCUCAUGCCACCGCCGGAUCGUGUUAUUGUAAGGGUGUGUUGGAUGGGCCUGGCCAAUCAGGGGUUCAUUGUCUGGCAAAGAAGCACCAGUUUUCAAUUGCCAAGCCCCUGCGAACACAGAACAAGUAGCAAUGAACAAGACGAAUCCGCUUCAUCAACGAGACACAGCUGCUGCGAGGCCGCAAACUGCGUCAUCGCUGUGUCAUGUCUCGAGAACAACCUGUCGUCGUGA